AUGGUGCAGAUCCAAAAAUCCGAGAAGAAGGCAGUCUACAGGUACUUGCUUCAGGAGGGCGUGAUUGUCUUCCACAAGGACUUCACCACCCAGCCACACAAGGGCACCAACGUCCCCAACAUCCACGUCCGCACCCUCCUCCGCUCCCUCAAGGAUAGAGGCCUCGUCGAACUUGUCUUCAACUGGCAAUACUUCUACUACUUCAUCAACAACGAGGGCAAGAAGUUCCUCUCAGAGAAGGACGAGAAGAGACAGUAUGAGCACAUCAUCGAGGACAGAGGAAAGAGAGUGAGAAGAGAACGCGAGGGACAGCCUCAAGGCGAGAGGAGAGGUGGAAGAGGAGGACCUCGUGGCGGUGAGAGGAGAGGCAGAGAUGAGGCCACCCAGCCAACCGAGAAGCCAGCUGAAACUACCACAGCAUGA